AUUAUCUCCUCCACCACCUCUGCCGCGGAUCUUUGGAAAGCCAUCCAUAAUCGGUUUCAUGACAAUAAAGCCGCUCGAGCCAUGCAAUUGGAGCAACGCUUCUACAACACCGUCAAGGGCACAUCCACUAUCGCUACUUACUGUCAAACUUUGAGGAAUAUUGCCGACUGGUUGGAUGACGUGGAUGCCCCGGUGACAGAAAAUCAGCUCGUCUUGCAAACCCUACGUGGCCUUCCCGAGGAUCUCGGCUCCCAGGCGUCUUUUCUGCAAUUCCAAAAACCCCCGGCAACUUUCAUGGAGACCCGAUCUGCACUUCUCCUCCUCGAAGGACAACGUCGCCCACAAACAGCAUCCGGCGACGAGGGUACUUCCCUGGCCACCCUCGGCCACGGUGGGCACGCCGGUUUCCGGCAGCAGGGCCGCGGUGGUACGCUUGCAGGCGGCGGGCAGCAGGGCGGCAGUAGUGGCGGACAGCAUUUUGGCGGACAGCUUCAUGGCGGACAACCUCAGGGCAACAGCGGACGCGAAUACGGCUAUGGUGGACGCGGUGGACGACCGAACCGCGGUCGCGGUCGAGGUUGUAACUCUGGAUUCAACUCCCGGACUGCUACAACGAGCUUUGGACCCUGGCAGACCCCUUACCAAAACCCCGGCCCAGGAUUACUGGGCCCCCGCCCCACCUCUCAUCCCUUCCCUGCCCAGGCCCAUUUCACCUCCCCCACUUACCCAUAUCAGCCCACCCCUCCACCCAACCCCUACCCACAGCCCCCCAUAUACCCGAAUCCCCAAAACCCAAUUCAACCCCACCCCUACACCUACGGGUCCUCCUCGGCCCAACCCCAACCCCUCACCCCCACGGCCUUAGCCCACCACUUUGAUACAAUGACCCUCCGUGAACCCACCUGGCUCAUGGACACCAGCGCCACUCAUCACAU